AAUCAUCAUAACCAAAGUACAGGGACCAAAGCUGCAACUUUAAAUCAAAGUUUGGGAGCUGCAGGGCUGCACAGUUGCAGCAAUUCGCGAACAGGGGGCUGUUUAGCCCGAAUUUUGAGUGCUUGACAGCUUUUUCCACCUCUAAAACCCACCAAUGGAUGGCCAUGCAUGUCUUGGACACCUGUGAGCUUCCUAUAACAGCUGAAACCUCCUUAAAUCAGAUUAAUUCAUCAAUUCUUGAGCACUUGUGUAGUAACCAAGAUCACUAGCAAACUUCAAAAAUUCACAAGAGCUUUCCAGGAGCUUUCUGAUCGUCAAGGCAACUUCCAAGUGCUAUCUAGGCAUCAAUAGGACCUUUGAUCAGGAUGCCGCCAAGGAUGAGAGGUCGUGGAGGAUUUCCUACAUCGCACGAUCAUGAGGCUGGUCCCUCGCAUAGGCGGGCUCCAUCCGCUACACACAACACAGCCGCCAACGACCUUUGGAGGUCUUUUGCCGAGCCUGCUAGGCAUUCGGUUUCCGCGAGCACUUCUCCGUCAUUACCCCACUCGUUUGGGCCCCAUUCGGAGAACGGGCCCCAUGGUUCGCCAGGAUCGUACAUACCUUUGCACCAGUCACCGCACCAGUAUCCAGCGCCAGUCUACCAGGGUUUAUAUAACCCUAAUGCUUAUGAGGAGGAGCCAGUGGGCCAUAACCCACUCGGACCAGAGGACCAUUUUCCGGGCGACCACGAGAUGGACGUCGAAGAGGAUACGGACCCUUCGCUACCACCAUCAGGUACGCCUAACCAUCCGAUUGAGAUAUCGGAUGGGUCGCCAUACACGGGAUCACCAUUUAAUGGUGUGGAUAGUUACGAGGAGAGAUUUCGGCAGUAUGAUUGGUACCACACUCCUAGCCACAACUCUCCGAUGCUUCAAUCACUCCAUGGUUCUCCGAUGCUCCAAUCGCUCCAUGGAUCGCCGGUGCACUCGCAGCACCACUCGCAGCAGCUUCAGCAGCAUCCGCCAUUACCGCAGGACCUAUCUGAGCACAAUAUGCGCGCCGAUCGCCGACGCACCAGCGGCAUGUUUAAGAAGGUGUUCGAUUUGCUCAAAGGUAAGAGCAAGAAGGAUCAUUGA